AAUCCAGUCUGUUUUUCUCAGUCUAAAAAUGAAGAAGUUUAUCCGAAAACUGUCACGAGCAAAAGCGGCUCGUUCAUUAAGGUUCUCCAUCUUCGGCCAUGAAAAGAUGGCUAAAGAAAAGCAGAGAUCAGAUGUACCAAAGGGGUACUUUCCGAUCUACGCUGGAGUUGAAGAGGUGCAGAGGUUUGUAGUUAGCGCUAAAUUGUUGAGUUACCCAAUUUUCGUAGAAUUGCUAAAGAAGUCAUAUCAGGAGUAUGGAUAUGAGCAAGGUGGAGUCUUGAGGAUUCCAAUUCAGGUUUUUGUUUUCGAACAUUUUCUUGAUUCUCUUAAGCGAGGGCAAAAACCUCUGACCCUAGAUGAGAUGAAUUUGUAAGGGUAAAUUACGUGCUUGGUUGGACAGAAAAUGGGGGAAAAAAUGAAAACAAAGGUGGAAAGACGCGUUUUAUCUCUUUCCUUUUACAGUUACCUUUAUUUAUAUAUAUAUAUAUAUAUAUAUAUCAUAACGAUGUAUAAAAUUUAAGUGAAAAGAAUUUGAUUCUACUUAAUAAAAUUUUAAGUUAUGA